CGAGAAGCUGUUGACGUUCUGAAAAAGGUGGCAGUUGGGCAGAGCCUGGAGGAAUUCUAAAGUUGAUCUGGAAGGGGAGGAGGAAUCAGGCCUCCUGUGUGCUGCUUACAAGUUAGUAUUGUUCCCAGAAGAGGCAGUGGCACCCAAAGCAGAAACAGAGCGGAUUCGGCAAUGGAGUGGUCCAAAUCAAAAAGCAGAAUCCACUUGGCGGAUCGUGACCCUGCAUCUCCGAAGCCUGCAGCCAGAGCCUCUGGGGCUGCUCGGCAGUAUGCCCUGAUCAGCGCCAAGUUUAAAGGGCCAGGCCCCGGGAAAUACAGCAGGCAGCCUUGCACGGGUAUUAAGGAUCAUGACGUUACCAAGUAUGCUGAACCAGCCUACACAAUGCGUGUGAAAUCCAAAGAAAAGUAUCGGUUUGUAUGGCUGACGACAAUGAUCGAGGCUGUCGAGAGUCCUGGACCUUGCUAUUAUGUGGAUCCUUGCCUUUCCCAUCUUGGAAUGUGGAGGCCGAUCUCCUUCCGCAUGUCGCAGGAGAGGAAAAAGACGUGUAUACCUCCAACACCUGCUCCAAAUGAGUAUUAUGUGGAAAAGAUACACCCUCUUGAGGAACCCAAUGCUCCAGCGUAUACUAUAGGUGUGCGCACACAGUACUGGGAGAAUAGCUUGUAUCCGGCACCCAACAGCUACUCCAUCCCAGCGACGUUGGGACCUCGGUUGCCAGUCUUGCGUUCUGCACCAUGCCUCUCCAUGGCUUCCAGCGCAUCUGUGUGGAGUUACGCCAAAGAUCUGGUGAGAGGACCUGGGCCGGCCAUGCACACCAUUCCAGAGCCAGACGUGUACCUCCACCAUCAACCUGCGUACAGUAUCUCUCAGCGGCUCAAUCCUUCCAGCCGGGAAUAUACACCAGGUCCCCCUGACUACAAAGCUGAGUCGGUCAACGUCCACAAACCCAGGGCUCCCUGUUUCAGCCUGGGGAUCCGUCACUCCGAAUACGUCCACUCCACCCCUUCGGUUUGCAUCAUCAAGGAGUGAGAGCAAUCUCAUGCAGCGGGAAGGGAAUGGUUCCUCUAGAAAGACCGUGCUCCCAAGGGCUACCUUCUGCCAGAACAUCCGCAACCAUGUUCUCUCAACCGUCUGCAUUCCAGAAACCACGCAGAACGUUGGAAGAGCUUUAAUAAAGUUUGGACUAUGGUAGGAAGUCAGGAAAACUGUGGUUUCUGAGGCAACCAGCCUUCCAAAAUAUCUUGUUUCCAAGAUGGUAGGUCUAUAUCCUCUAUGAGAACUUGGAGAAGUUACAUUUUGGAGGUUAUGCCUUCCAGAACCCUGUAGCCACCAUGGCCAACCGCCAUGUUGAUGCUGUCUUCUACGACCUAGAGACUUAGAAUCAAAUCUUCCAUGCUCUCACCUUUUUUUUGAACUUCUGUAUCCUUGUGACACACAUUUCUAAUUGUUUUGGUUCAAAAAGCAUUACAUAGCCCAAAGUGAACCUCAUUUUUGUACCUUGCUUGGGGAAGAUUCCCAAAGAGAGAAAAG